GCGGGGCUUGUAGAAACAUGGGCGUCGAGCGUCAAAUCGUCUGAUAUGUCAGUGGUUGAAUUCGAGGAAGUGUCUUGAGAAUUUCAACUAAACGCAAACUUUUACUGAACGUGCAACUAUGGACAAGUUGCGUCGUGUAUUAAGUGGUCGAGAAGAAAAUGAAGAAGCGGGCCUUACAUCACAGAUUCUGGACAGCACAACUCUCGGUUUGGGCACACGGGUGAAGUGGUUUGUCAUUUGUUUUGCAGCAGGGGUCGUGUGCUCAAUACUUGGAACAGCACUUCUCUUCCUGCCCAAAGCUGGCCCAAAGUUAUUUGCUGUAUUCUACACUAUAGGAAACAUUGCAGCACUUUCAAGCACCUGUUUUCUGAUGGGACCCCUUAAACAACUGAAGCGGAUGUUUGAGCCCACCAGACUCUUAGCCACCAUUAUGGUGCUGCUGUUUCUUGUGUUGACGUUAUGUGCAGUCUUUUGGUGGAAUAAAAAGGGUCUGGCGAUAUUCUUCUGCAUUUUGCAGUUUUUGUCCAUGACAUGGUACAGCAUCUCCUACAUUCCAUAUGCACGAGAGGCGGUUAUGAAGUGCUUCACCUCCUGCUUGGGCUAAACUAUCCAGUAUUUCAUCUGAUAUCCUGCUUUGAAAGAGUUAAUACGUCAGAUAUGACUUUUUCAUUACAUCUCUGUCCCUGCCACACUGUUCUUCUUGAUAUUUAAAAUUAUUUCCUAUAUGUCUUAAAAUACUAAUUUUAAAUAUGUUUGUGAAUAUUAAGAGUGCUUAUGUUUUGUUAUUUUUAUUAUUUGUGUGGAGAGGUAAAAUGGUUUAAAGGGUUAAUUCACCUAAACUACAACUCGUUUAUCACUUACUCACUGUCACGUCAUUUCAAACCUGCAUGAUGCUCUUUUUCUGCGUGAGGAUAACUUCAAAAUAGCUUUGUUAUCUGUACAGUGUAAAUGAAGGGGACUGAGGCGGUCUGCUUAUAAAUCCUUUAGUUUUUGUGUUAAUAUGGAUUUGAAACAACAUGACGCUAAGUAAAAUAUAUUUCGGGUGAACUUUUCCUUUAAACAAUGCUUAAUAGAUGAUUUACUGCCAGUUAAACAAGUGAACAAGAAAUGCAUUAAUAUUGAGUAUCAUGUUUAUAAAUGAAGUCGGGUAUUAUUGUUGACUUUUUGUACAGACACAUUUCUACCAAAAGCAAAACAUUUUCAUUUGAUGAAAUGUUACAACACACCAAAUAAAUGCGAUAUUCCUUGA